GGAAAGUCAACGUUUUACAAAUUGCUGAAGGCAGUGUGCUUCUAGAGAACGUUUGAAACGUCACCAUUGAAGAUGAAUCUACAAAUUAUUUCUGGAGUGUUGAUACUCUUUGUUGUAUCAGCCAAUGCUGCGAGAUCAUGUACGGAUAAUGGCAAGUGUAGAGUGAAAGAUUACUGCAAUACCAAGACUGGUCUAUGUGAGAAGAUGGUCAAACCAGGAGAAUUGUGUACCAAAAAUAGCAUGUGUAAGGGAUCGUCAACCUGUGAGGAGGUAGUGGACAGUGAUCCAAUUGAGAAAAGAUGUACUGAGAGAUGCAAAACAGAUACUGACUGCAGGAUUUAUGGCAAGAACAAGUACUGCAGCGCUGGUGGCUUUGCGACACUGAAGAACGGAUACUGCAAAGCACAGAAAAGAGAAGGCUCCGACUGUUCUAGAAGUCCAGAAUGUUUCAAAGAUCUUUACUGCAGGAAUAGCAAGUGUAAAGUGGCGGAAGAAGCUGUACAAUGUGCAAUCAGCUGUAAAGGUCCAAGUGAAAAUAACCCAGAAAACCUAAGUCCUGGAGAAUAUGUGAAUGUCACUUAUUCAUGUACCUUCAUGAGAUCCGGAGAGUAUGGACCACUGCCCAUAAAGGCAUUAUUACUUCUGAACAAGAGGACCAAACUUGAGAGAGUUGAAGCGAAAUCCCCAGUGACAAUUAGUGGCUCAAGAGCAAUACGAGCAGGUAGAGGGGAGUUUGCUGUAGAGGUACAGGGGAUGAUGAAAGGAUGUAAAAAUCAUCGGAAAAAUUGCAGAGCAUCGAGGCGAUGUAUAAUGAAAGCUUGAACAAAGAU